AUGGCUACUUCUCAGAAAUUAAGUAAAACGCAAGCUAGAAAUAGAAAGCGGAGAGAAGAAGUAAAAAAUUCCAAGAAAGGAAACGUUACUUCUGCUAAUUCUGCAGCCUCGACGAUAAAUGGAGCGGAAAACGAAGGAAUAGAAUUCGAGGAGGAACUGGCUUGGGCUAUUCAACAAUUAGAAUUGGGCAUUAUUUCUAAUAAAGAUAAAAAAGAAGCUGUGGAAUAUUCUCAAAAAUUAUUACGAAUUCUACAAUCGAAGAAAACUCCUGAGACCAAAAAGAAAAUAUUACUAAGACAAACUUUUGGCGAUUACAAAAUGAAAGUUAAACAGUCUCUUCUUGAGCAAGCAACAGCAAGUAUGAAGAUUUCUCAAUCGAGUAUUAAGAAGAUCAACCCUGAAAAAAAAGUCGGAAGGGUCUAUAGAAAGUCCUAUACUUUACAGAAUGCAAAUAGCGGCAAAAAUGUGGAUGAAAAAUCGACGAAAGAUCAAGCGUUUAAAUUUAAUUUUUUGGAAGAAAAUAUCGAACAAUAAAA